AUGGAAACAGACUCUUUGCUUGGGCGAACGCGUCAACAACAACAACAACAACAACAACAUCAUGUUAUGCCCAUACCUACACUCCAUACAGCAAUGAUAAUGCAACCACCUUUAGUCAUGAUUGCACCACCUGCCCCACCUCCGCCUCAAAGGCCACCUUCACCAUCUCAGCCACAACCACAGCCGUCAUCAGGUAUCACCAACAGAAUGAUUCCCACAACACCACUGGUACAGAGAUGGCAGAGUACACAUCUAUCGAAUCAGGAUGCAUUGCUCAUCACGCAACCCUGUGGAAAGCAAUCACUGGCAUUGAAUCUGGACAAGUUUGGCACUCAUCUACCCUCUGGCCUACACGAUCCCUUUGGACUAUACAUCGGUCUGCCCAACGACUACAAUACCCUUCUUCAUCCCUCUUCCAACAAUCAAUCAAACAUCCAACUUGACGACAGUCCCAUCGAUCAACGUCACAGCUACAACAUCAUCCGAAGAAAGAAUGCACUGUCAUCACUGAUUGUGAUUGAGAUGUUCUAUUGUGCACUGAUGAUGGCAUCGAUAUUGGAAGUGUCAGAGAUGAUGAUAGUAUUGAUUGUAGUGUUGUUGAUCGAUUGUAUUGGAUUCUUUUCAUUGAUACGAAGCAGUAUACCUCUGGUCAACCUAUUCAUCACACUCAAUCUACUAUCAAUCACAAUCAUCAUUGCACUUAGACUCUAUACUCCACUGCUGGCACUACGUAUCUUUGUCACUGGACUAUCAUUCAGAGUUAGGAAUGAGAUGUUGAAUGGGUCAUGGUAG